GGAACCUCAGACAAGAGACCAGAAAUGAGGAACAUGUACUGAAGAAAGAAAACUCAUUUGAACAAAAGUCUAUCUCUCUCUAGAAUUUUGUUUGUGUAUUAGAAUUUUCAGAAAUCCAGGUAUUACAAGAGCAUUAAAUUCUCAUUUACUCCCUCCCACCUAAUCAUCCCCGAUUCAGAAGCCUGCCAUUAAUGCACUAUUCAAUGCUCUCUGUUAACCCACCUCCCUACAUGGUUUCUACAGCAAAUUUUGGAUCCAAAAGCAAUAAAAAAAAAGCCCAUUUUCUCUCUCUACAUCUGUGAUUCUUCCUCAUGAAGAUCCAUCGAAGAAACCCGCCUCCAUUUGAAUCUCAACUCUCAGUCAUGAACACCAAGGGACCAACCAGAGAGAGGAGGAGGAGAAGAAGCUACACUCUUUCUGGCCCAACAGCCAGAGAGAGAAGAACCCACUUUUUCUCAAUCUCCAAUCUUCACUCUCUCCUCCUGCUCUUCCUGGUUUUCUAUGAAUUCCGCCAAGUUUCAGGCCUUGGAUCCAUGUCAUCCCUUGCUGUCUCUUAUGGUGAGAAUGGACCAAGCCUUUGUGGCCUAAAUGCUGAUGGUUCUCACCUUGUGAGCUGCUAUGGCUCUGAUACAUCAGUUGUUUAUGGAGCUCCAUUUAGAAUUCCAUUUUCUGGCUUAACAGCAGGUGAUGGCUUUGUUUGUGGUCUUUUAAUGGAGUCAAAGCAACCUUAUUGUUGGGGAAACAAUGUCUAUAUUCAGAUGGGUGUACCUCAACCAACGGCUCCAAUGGCUUCUUACUCAGAGAUCAGUGCAGGUGACCACCAUUUAUGUGCUUUGAGAGAAAACCCAUCUCACGUUCUCAAUGGUAGCUCAAUCUCAAGCUUUCAAAGCUUCGAAUCCUUGAAUUUAAGCUUCAGUUACAGAUUGGAAAGGAGCUCUAUAGUGGAUUGUUGGGGCUAUAACAUGACUGCAACUCAUGAUAUUCAGGGUGAUUUGAGGUCUAUCACAGCUGGUUCAGUGUUCAAUUGUGGUCUUUUUAGAGAGAAUAAGACUGCUUUUUGUUGGGGUGAUGAGACUGGGAGUGGGGUUAUAAGCUUGAUUCCAAAGAAUUCGAGGUUUAGAACCAUUUCAGCAGGUGGAUUCCAUGUUUGUGGUGUUUUAAUGGCCUCCCUUUCAAGGGUUCUUUGUUGGGGUAGGAGCUUGAGUCUUGACAAUGGCAAAAUGGAAUCAAUUCCUACUGAUUCUAUGAUCUCCAUAGUGGGUGGUAGGUUUCAUUCUUGUGGUCUAAGAGCAAGGGAUAAGGGUGUUUCUUGUUGGGGUUUCAUACUUGAUACUAGCACCCCUGUUCCUGCAAAUAUUAGGGUUUUGGCUCUUGCAGCUGGUGAUUACUUCACCUGUGGGGUUUUGGCCUCUGCAACCUUACAGCCAGUUUGCUGGGGUUCGAGCUUUCCAACCAAUUUGCCCAUGGCUGUGAGCCCUGGAAUCUGCUACUCUGAGAAAACUUGUAGUACUGGUUUCUAUGCAUUUCGCCAUGAAAACUCAGAUAUAGAUCUAUGCAAGCCUAAUAAGCUCUGCUUACCUUGUAGCCAUGGCUGCCCUUCUGGUAUGUAUCAGUCUUUUCCUUGCACUGAGGCCUCAGAUCGAAGGUGCGGCUUCAAUUGUUCGAUUUGUUCAUCCCCUGAGUGUUUUUCUGCCUGUUCUUUUCAAAUACACGAGAGAAACAGGGCUCUCCUCUCUCUAAAAUCCCCCGUUUUCUUCAUUGAACUAGCCAUUGCUGUAGUACUAGUUAGCAUUGUUUCAUUGCUUGCUGUUGCUUAUGUUCGAAUUAAGUUGCAGAGGUGUAAUUGUUCGGCGAUAGAGCCAAAAACCAAUACGAAAACCUGUUCUUUUCGCAAGGAAUCAAUCAAAAUUAGCCCUGAUUUAGAUGAGCUAAAGAUCAGAAGGGCUCAGGCCUUCUCUUAUGAAGAGCUAGAGAGAGCCACAGGUGGGUUCAAAGAGGAAUCCAUUGUUGGGAAAGGGAGCUUCUCAAGUGUGUUCAAAGGUGUGCUCAAAGAUGGAACAGUGGUUGCAGUGAAGCGAGCAAUAAUGGCUUCUGAUGUGAAGAAAAACUCAAAGGAAUUUCACACCGAGCUCGACCUUCUCUCUAGACUGAACCAUGCUCAUCUUCUAAACCUGUUGGGCUAUUGUGAAGAAGGGGGAGAAAGGCUCUUGGUCUAUGAAUACAUGGCUCAUGGCUCUCUCCAUGAACACCUCCAUGGAAAUAGAAAAGAGCCUCUAAAUUGGGUUAGAAGGGUCACCAUUGCAGUCCAAGCAGCAAGAGGAAUCGAAUAUCUCCAUGGCUAUGCUUGUCCACCUGUGAUUCACAGAGAUAUCAAGUCCUCAAACAUAUUGAUCGAUGAAGAAUUCAACGCAAGAGUGGCAGAUUUCGGUCUCUCUCUUUUGGGUCCAGCUGAUAGUAAUUCACCAUUAUCAGAGCUUCCCGCAGGUACAUUAGGCUAUCUAGACCCUGAAUAUUACAGGCUGCAUUACUUGACCACAAAAUCAGAUGUUUACUCAUUUGGGGUUCUUUUAUUAGAGCUCAUUAGUGGUAGAAAAGCCAUUGAUAUGAAAUUUGAGGAUGGAAACAUAGUGGAAUGGGCUGUUCCUUUGAUAAAAGCUGGUAAUUUGAAUGCAAUCUUAGACCCCAAUUUGAGACCACCAGUGGAGAUGGAAGCAAUGAGGAGAAUAGCGAACAUAGCGAGUCGAUGCGUGAGAAUGAGAGGAAGAGAGAGGCCGUCAAUGGAGAAAGUGACAACCGGGCUCGAAAGGGCCUUGGCUUUGUUAAUGGGAAGUCCAUGCAAUGAGCAACCGAUAUUGCCAAGUGAGGUUGUUUUGGGGAGUAGCAGGCUUCAUAAGAAGGCCUCUCAAAGAUCGUCGAAUAGGUCAGGAAGUUCAGAGACAAUUGAUAAUGAAGAUCAAAGGUUUGAGUUUAGAGCUCCUUCUUGGAUUACUUUUCCAAGUGUUACUUCUUCACAGAGAAGGAAGUCCUCAGGGUCGGAUGGAGAUGGAGAUGGGAAGAAUUGUAGUGAAGUGAGAGAUGGGUUGAGGUGUUUGGAUGAGGAAGAGAUUGCGCCUGCCUCACCUCAGCAAGAGCUCUUUUUGCAGCAUAAUUUUUGAGGUUAGAGAGAGAAGGGAGAUGAGAGCAAAGUGGGUUGGAGCUCCCUCUUUCUCUCUAUCCUAUUUUUAAAUUUUUGAGGUUAGAGAGAAGUCAGUUGGAUCUCCCUCUUUCUCUUUCCUAGUUAUUGUGUGUGUUUCUCUCUCUCUCUCUCUCCCCUAGAGGAUUGGGUGUGAUUGUGGAGUGAGAUGGGUAUGCUUUCAGUCAUAAUACUCUUUGCAAGUUGAGAAAUGGGUUUUAGAUCUCUCUUCCUCUGGUUUUGAGAAUUGGGUGCAUUGAUAGAGAGGAAGUGUUUUGGAUUCAGAAUGUUGAUGUUUUUUCUAUUUUGAGAGACAGAAUGCAUUGCUCUCUCACUUAAUUUGCUUUCCGUCAUGGUGGCUUUCUGAUCAGAAUUUCUGGGAUCAAGAUGGGGUGCUACAUGGGUGAUAUUGCUUGGACCUCUCUCUCUUUGGAGAUUGGUUAAAGGUGAAGAGAGAAGUGAUGUGUUCAGUCAUGGGCUUGACCUGAUGAAAGCUUUGGGGACUCAUAUGACUGAUCAAAUCUGGAAAGGCAAAUCAUGAGAGAGAGAAAUGGGAUGGUUUUCUUUGUUUUCUUGAAGCAAUGGGUGUAAAUGUGAGAUCAGUUUGUUGGUUCAGUCAUGGCGGCUUUUAUCUCACAAAAUUUUGGAGGUCCAUGUACUGCGCCUAUCAAAUUCCCACACUAAUUGUGUUUAUUUGGUGUACUAAUAUCUUAAAACACUUGGCUUUGAAUGCA